AUGGUAGCAGCGCUGCCACACUUCCAACGUUUCGCUACCUCUAGAUUCUAUCAGCAGUACACCGCACCACCGGUUCGGAUAUCCAGCAACUACCUCCACGAUCUCAUUCCCCAACAGCAUCCUACCCUUCUUCAGCAAUAUCUGGCGUACUACAAUGAACCCUUAGUACCUCUCGACUUAUCCCUUAAAUCCACUGCACCAAUAACACCUCCAUGCACACCACCGCCCCCCAUUAAAAGAAAAACCACCGAUGAAAACAAAAAUGAUAAACCACCGAAAAUAUUCAGAACUUUCGAAGAAACUGACAGCAUCAGUCAUUAUGACACAAAUGAUAAGAAUCAAAAAAGAAAAUUUGAUGACGAAGUAUCCAACGACAGUGACAGCCCUGAAGCCAAGAAGCUCAAAUUCACUAAGCAGUUUUUUGAAGAGCUCCGUAGCUGUUUGCCGAACGAGACAAGCAGUAAUAAGAGCGAAAGAAGUUCCCCUGACAUCGUUGAAAUCAGAGACGUUGAAGAGAGACCAAAAAAAUCACCUAAACCCCCACAACCUGUAAAGAAAAGCAAAGUCGUGAGGCGUCUUAUGUUCGACGAAGAUAAAACUUCACCAGUGUCAGGAACUAUCAUCAGAGAUCUAGCUGAGGACGAGACUUUGGUCGUACGGAAGGGUGACAUCGAUCCAGCUUUCAACGUGGUCGAAGUGACAGAGGAAGCAAAGGCUCUCAUAGCUACGAUUGAGAAUAAAUUAGGACGUUACAUAUGCAGACUGUGUCGCCGACUGUACAGCGACGCGUUCGCGCUAGCACAGCAUCGCUGUUCCCGGAUAGUUCACAUUGAGUACAGAUGUCCUGAAUGUGAUAAGGUGUUCAAUUGUCCUGCAAAUCUGGCAUCCCAUCGCCGCUGGCAUAAACCGAGGGUGCCCGGUGCUAACAAGCGAAGAGAAGUUCCAACGUCUGAUGUAGGUCGUUUCUCGUGUCAGCAUUGUGGCAAGAUGUUCAGGCGGCAGGCUUACCUGAAGAAACAUCUGAUCGCCCACGAACAGCCCGAAGCUGAAGUAGAAAAAGAACCUUCAGCCUUCCGCCAGGUCCACGUAGAAUAUCCGACGUACCAAGCGGAGCCGUUAAUGGACAACAAUUUCAAUACCUUCUGGAACAAAAUACCAGUUCCGACGGAACAGACAUGGGAAGACGUUCCAGUGAGGAGCCACUCGAACUGCUCCUCCGAGGAUUCCCGCAGCCUGGAUGUCACGGGAUCCGAGGAUGAGGGGGGAGGUAGUGGGGAUGGGUGA